ACGUCGGUGUUUUUCAAAACAAAGGACCUAUUAUCAUUGAAAAUCCUGUCAACUCCUUUCUUUUGUUGAAAUUUCAAUUUAAAAAGAAAUUAUUUUCUGUUAAAUGAAUUUACCAUAUGCAUCGUUCAAAGAAAUUAACUGGAGUAAACUACACCCACUUAUUGUCGUUAUCUCCAUCGUAAAUAAUAAUUGUAUUGACUGGAGCUCAUUAGUCAUUUUUGGUGAAUUAUAAAAACAUUUUUGCCGAUCGUUCUUUGUCGUUCAUUAGAAAAACAAAACAAAAAUUCAAUCUGUUUCAAAAUCCACAACAAUGGAAGACGUAGCCACGGAAGAAAUGACCGAUCAGUUCAUUGAAAUAACAGUGUCUGAACCACAUAAGAUCGGUGAUGGUAUCGGCUCGUACAUCGCCUAUAAAGUAUCUACACGCACAAGCAUUCCGGCUUUCAAGAAACGGCAAUUCAGUGUAAUGCGUCGAUUUAGUGACUUUCUUGGCAUUCACGGCUUAUUGGUGGAGAAAUAUUUACGACGUGGACGUAUUAUACCACCGGCACCGGAGAAGAAUCUGAUCGGCUCGACCAAAGUGAAGAUGAGUCAAACGCCCAGUGCCGAAACCGCUAAUGGCGUCGGAAUGGAAUGGCUCGAAAAUCGUCGGGCAGCAUUGGAACGAUUUUUGUGUCGAACGGCUAAGCAUCCGGUGCUGUGCAUUGAUCCAGAUUUUAUAAAUUUCUUGCAGAGCGAUGAAGAGCUGCCGAAAUCGGUCAAUACGGCAGCGUUGAGCGGAGCGGGUGUAAUGAGGCUGUUUAAUAAAGUUGGAGAGACGAUGAACAAAAUUACAUACAAAAUGGAUGAAAAUGAUCCGUGGUUCGAGGACAAAAUUAUCGAAAUUGAAAAUUUGGAUACUCACAUGCAAAGACUACAUUCCGCAAUCAAAUCUCUAGUUAUCUAUCGAAAGGAAUUAUCGUCGCUGACGGGUUCGGUUGCUAAAUCGGCUGCUGUAUUAAGUACAUGCGAAGAACAUACGGGACUCUCCAGAGCAUUGUCUCAGUUGGCAGAUGUCGAGGAAAAAGUUGAAUUGUUGCGAUCGGAACAAUCCAAUUCAGAUCUGUACAUACUGUCGGAGACAUUGAAGGAUUACAUUGGGUUAUUCGGUGCUAUAAAGGAUGUGUUCCAUGAACGUGUCAAGGUUUUCCAAAACUGGGAACAUGCUCAGCUUCAGCUGACCAAACGUCGUGAAAACAAAACACGAAUGGAAUUAGCCGGUCGUAACGACAAAGUGGAACAGUACGAAAAAGAGGUCGAAGAGUGGGAGGCAAAAGUCCAACGGUGCCAGAAAGAGUUCGAAGAAAUUUCAGCCGAAAUCAAGCGUGAAACGGAACGAUUUGAAAUCGAUCGUGUGCGUGAGUUCAAAACGACCAUUAUCAAGUAUUUGGAAGACCAGAUGGCUCAUCAACAGCAGGUGAUCAAAUAUUGGGAUGCAUUCGUUCCCAAUGCCAAAGAGAUAAACUGAUUCCAUAUGUAUGGCGUCGGCGUAUAUUCAUUGUUAGAUAUGAAUUCAUUUGUGUGCAUGCGAAAGAGAGAGAAAAAAAAAUAUUUUUUUUAUAAUUCCGUUUAAGUGAUGGUCGAAAGACAUGUUGAACAUGUAAGAACAAACGAGAAGAAAUUACUUUAAAAUAUACAUUACAUACCGUACCGCUAC